AUGCAACAUGUAAAGGAAGCCCUGAAACUCAACGGUUAUCACAUGAGAGAUUUGAAAAUACACAAACGCAGCAAUAGCCAAGAUGACACGGAACCUAGAAAGUCUGUAUGUUUACCAUUUUUGGGACAGCUUUCUCACCGUAUUCAACGCAUUCUACAACUAGCCGAUAUUAAAGUUGUUCAUAGUGCACCCAACAAACUAUCAAGGACUCUUCAAACUCACAAGGAUAAGCCACCAGCAAAUAGCCAGCAAGGGGUUUAUCGGAUACCAUGCGAAUGCGGAAAGGUUCACAUUGGUGAAACAGGUCGUGAUCUCCGUACCAGGCUCAAGGAACACCAAGGCCAUGCCAGGAGAGGGGAACAACAGAAGUCAUCUAUAGUCAUGCACUCCCACACACAACAACAUCGUGUAUGUUGGGAUAAAUCUGAACUGAUAGCCAUUGUACCAUCUUGGUAUUCCAGACGGACCAGAGAAGCUAUAGAAAUUCACAAACACGAUACAGUACAUCAAGAUAUUGGAUUUGUCAUCAGCGAUAUUUGGUAG